AUGCUGUCCCUCGGCGUGAUCCUCGGCUUGUUCGCCUCCUUUGCAGGCUUCCUAUUUGGUUACGACACAGGCUACAUUUCGGGAUGCAAGGAGAUGCCCGCGUUCCUUCAGGUCUACGGUGACCUCCAAAGCGACGGCACCUACAAGCUUAGCACCCAGACCGACUCGAUCAUCACCUCCAUCCUCUCUGCCGGCACAUUCUUUGGCGCCCUCUUCGCCGCCACGAUCGGUGACGCUGUGGGCCGUCGUCGCGGUAUCCUCAUCUACCUCGUUCUCUUCGCCAUCGGUGUUGCGCUCCAGACCGCUGGCAAGAGCCUUGGUGCCUUUGCCGCCGGCCGUGUCUUGGCCGGUCUGGGUGUCGGUGGUACUUCGACUCUUGUUCCCGUUUACCAGGCCGAGUGUGCCCCGCGCAAGCUCCGUGGGUUCUGCGUGUCCUGCUACCAGUUCUUCAUCACUGUCGGCCUCCUCAUUGCCGCCGUCGUCGUCAACGCCACCAAGGGCCGCCCCGACGCAAGCGCCUACCAGAUCCCCAUCGCCGUCCAGUUCAUCUGGGGCACCAUCAUCGCUGUCGGCAUGUUCGUCCUUCCCGAGUCGCCCCGCUGGCUGCUUAUGCGCGACCGCCACGAGGAGGCCAAGGCGUCUCUGAGCAAGGUCAUCGGCCAGUCGACCGACAGCAGAGCCGUUUUGGACGAAUACGACGAGAUUUACGCCACACUACAGAAGGAGCGCGCCCUCGGUGGUGGAUCGUGGAUCGACUGCUUCAGGAACGGCGAGAACAAGGCUCGCCAGCGCAUUCUUACGGGAAUGAUCCUGCAGGCCUGCACCCAGCUCUCGGGUAUCAACUUCAUCUUCUACUACGGCACCAGCUUCUUCUCCAACUCUGGCAUCGCCAACCCCUUCUUGAUCACUGUGAUUACGAACGUUGUCAACGUGGUUAUGACUGUCCCUGGUAUGCUUUCCGCCGACUUUAUUGGCCGCCGCCCCAUGGUCAUGUACGGUGCCGCGGGCAUGGCCGUCUGCCAGUUCAUUGUGGCGGCUGUCGGUGUCGCCACGCCCAUCUCCGACAAGACUAGUCAGUCGGUCCUUGUGGCUUUCGUCUGCAUCUUCAUCGCCCACUUUGCCGCCACUUUUGGCCCCUUCUCCUGGAUUGUCACGUCCGAGAUCCCGCCCUACAACCUGCGCACAAAGUCCAUGGCCCUCUCAACCGCCUCCAACUGGCUGCUCAACUUUGCCAUUGGUUACGCCACCCCUUACAUGGUCAACACUGGCCCCGGCAACGCCGGCCUGCAGACCAACGUGUUCUGGAUCUGGGGCGGUUUCUGCCUGCUCGCCUUUGUGUUCGCCUACUUUAUGAUUCCCGAGACCAAGCAGCUGUCGCUCGAGCAAAUCGACCUGCUCUACCUGGACUCGACCCCGCGCACCUCCGCAAAGUUCCGCCGCCAUCUCAUCCAGGACAACGUCCACCUCGGCACUACCCCGAUCGCGGUUGGCGAGAAGGCAGACGUUGCCCACCUGGACAACUCCUCGUCUGUGUGA